AUGACGGGCGUCGUAGAAGGAAUCGAAGCGGUAUCUGGGUUGGCCGGCCUUACAGGCUCGCAGAUUGAGGAUGAAGAGUCACUGAAGAGUUCAGGCUCGUUCCAGCUCGACGAAUUGGAAGAGCAGCUAGCGGCCGUGACGUUCCAGGCCGUGGCGGAUCUCUUUGAACAGUGCAAGAAACUUUGUCACCACGAGCGCAAAAGCAAAGAGCAAAGACGACCCCAGUGCCACAGAGAACGAGGUCAGCCCAUUUGGCACGGUUGGCCUGAACUGGAACCCCAUGCACCGCUACCUUCAUGGAAAAAUGCGAGACAUCGCCGACGGCCGCAAAAUAAAGUCUCGGUCGCGCAGCGGGUCAAGUUCGCCAUCUACAAGAAGGAGCAUCUCGAGAAGUUCAUCAAAGAUAUUAACGAUCUCAUCGACGAGCUGUAUAAGAUCCAUGAACCACCCGUGGAGGAGCAGAAGGAGCUCGGCAAGGAGGAACUAGCGAAGUUUCUUGAGGUCCUGAAGGAGUUGGAUGUCGCUUCCGACCGCGAUCCCGUCAUACGCUCUGCUGUGCAGAAUAUUCUCAAGCAAGAGGCAAGUAGAACUUCAUUUAACCUUGCCGUUUGA